AUGGCGCGUUCCAUAGUGAAUCCAAGUGUCGACCGCACAACCGGAAAGCUAUCCGAGAUUCGACAAAAGUUUAAUAAAGAGACGACACACGCGCAUCAUCAUCUGAGAAGCGCUAUUAUAAACUCGGCUUUCUCCAAGCAGACAUUUUGCACGCUCAGUUUCUACGAGAAGGUACAUGUAAUCGAAGAGAGCCACCACUUACCCGUGUCCUCGCUCUGGUCCAUGUUUACACUUCGAAUUCGCUGCCCCGCCAUGAAAAUCUACGUUACGAAAUAA